AUGGCGCUUGAGACGUGCAACUUGUUUGGUGGCAGCCUAGUCUGGAACACGGCCGAUUGGACGUCUUCGGAUGAUCGUGUCCGCGGCGGCAAGUCGCACUCUUAUUUCGACAUCUCCGAAACGAAGCCUGUGGCCCGCUUCUACGGCAACCUCGAUAUAAAGACUCUCGGCGGUGCCGGCUUUGCAAGCCAACGCACAACCGGCGAGAAUCGCUCGUGGAACAUCGACGGCUACGAUGGCAUCCAGAUCGAGAUCGCAGAGUCUGACGCCAAGAAGUACACGUUCAAUAUCAAAAACGAACUUCUGCCGCCGGAUCCCGAUACUGGCCGAGAGCAGUCUACCAUCUCGUAUGAGUACGACUUUGUCGCUCCGCCAACCAACAUGACGGGGGCAACCUCCACCGUCUUCGUUCCCUGGGAAGACUUCAAGGCUACAUACAGAGGACGCGAGGACCCCGAUGCCCCUCCUAUCGAUCUCACAGACAUCAAGAGGUUUAGCGUCAUGACGAGAAGCUUCUUUGGCAACCAAGAGGGCAAUUUCUCGUUGUCCAUCAAGUCCAUCUCAGCUGCUCGCAACUGCUCGAAGGACAAGGAAGUAAUUGUUUUGGAAAGCAAGAACGUUCAGCCCGGUGACGUUGAGAAAGGGGUGCUUGCUGGACAGCUCCAGGAGAUGCAGGCCCGUGCCGUCGACUCUCCAGCCACGCGCCGGCUGCCACCCAUGUCAAAGGUCAUGUACGGCGCCCUGGCUGCGCUCCUGGGCAUCUGGGUGCUAUACCCUGGCACCCCUCACUUUGGUUGCCAUUCGAAGGCCGUCGGUCCCUAA